UUUGCAUCCCACCAUCACCUCCCCAACUCUACCUGUGCUCUCUGUUGCCCGCUCAGCACCCUCUUUCAGCUCUACUUUGCCACUACAAAAUCACUGUCAACUGCAAUCAUGUCCCUUGCACACCACAAGUCCCAUUCCAUAUCUUCUCCAAUUGCUCAGCCUUUCCCUUCGCCCGCACAUUCUCCUCCUAUCAGGCCGGUCUACAAGACUCGCCGCCCGUCCCUCCAGAACACAAUGUCACGGUUCAAAGACUCCCUCAAGGAGCGCAUACAGGAGAACGUACAGGCUGUCCACGGUCACGUACAUCGUCGCGCACAUUCGAAUAGCUCGCGUGCGAAUGACGGAGCUGAUGAACAACCACGCCCAGUCUAUAUCUCAGAGCCCAAACUAAAUGGCUCCGCAGAUAGCUUGCCAUCCACACGGCUAGCCCCUCUCGGUUCGGGCGCAAUCGUCGUUGGCACGCCCCAAGAGGCUCUCGCACUCUCUGCGCAAAAGGGCGGAUACCGCAAUUCACCCGCGGCCGCAUCGGCGCCUUCGCAUUUAAACCAGUUCCACAGACAGCAGCCUGCGACGGUCGAGGAGGAAGACCUCGAGUUCGACCAGCAGUCCCUACAAAGUCCGCCAUUGCCACCUCUCCCUCAGUCAACAAGUCCGACCUCACCUACAAUGCAAACACGUGGGCUACAACAACAAAGAGGAGACUGGCCUCAGCCAAGACGUUCAGCAGAAUCAAAUGCUAGCGGAACCAGCCAGGCGAGCGGUAGUCGCGGCUUGCGCCCUGUCCUGCCUGAUCAGCGCUCGCAGGGCUCCUCCGUAAAGAACCGAAGAGGGUCGCCUCUCGCACAAUCUAAUCAAGAACUCCCCGCCGAAGAGCUUGUGUAUCAGGCACGAUCACCCUCUGUUGAUCGACCGAGAUCCAAUCCCAAUCCCGCCGAGUAUUUCAAUGCGGCAACAGACGAAGCUGAGACAACAACAGCACCACUCCAGCUCCAGCAACGAAAGUCUGGACCGGAGGCCGCUGUACGACCUGAGUCGCAUUUCUCAUCCUUUUCUGAAGCGCAAGUGCGGGUUGAAAGCGAGUGUUUCGCUGCUGCGCCCCAGCUUCCUCUUGACCUUGCCACUGCCCUUCCUCAGCCUCCGUUUGGGAUGCUGCUUAUGUCUAACCUCCCCGCGAACAUGCAUAAAGUAAAUCCUAGCAAGAUUAUCGUCGUUCUGGAGACGGGCGAGACUACGUACAAGACGACGCUGAAGACGCUCACCUCUCGGCCUUCUCACCUCGCAAAGCAUCUCAGCGAACUUGUCUCCUCGACCGGAGCGACGAAUGGGGCUGCGCAAACAUCACUUAGCGAGGACGAAAACGUGAACGGCGAUGCGGGUUCCGUGUACUCUCAACACAGCGAGUUCGAGGACUCGGAGGACGAGAGCAACUAUGCAGGUUUCAAUUCGUUAUUCCAGGACCAUCUUACGUCGACGGGGAUUAUCAAGCCGCGAAAGAUUAAGCGCAAAGCAGAUGCAACGUCUAUGAUGCAUGUAUUUUUGGAUAGGCCGGGUACACCAUAUGCACAUAUUAUUGCGUAUCUUCGCGCACCUCACCUAACAUCCCAUCCGGGCGGGAUGCUACCCUACGGCGCACGUCUCUUCCCAGCCGCGCGACAUUCCUUCGCAACCGCUCGUCUAGAAGCACUCCUCGACCUUCGUGACGAAGCAGCCUACCUCGGACUAGGCGACCUCAUGCGACUCUGUGACGAGGAACUCGCAGGACAAGUCCCACUAGCAGGCGAAGAAGUCGGGCGGUCAAGUAUACACAGCACACACACUCUCUGCGAGUCUACAACAGGUUCGAACACGAAGAGUGGGAAGGGCGGGGAGAGUAUGAGCGUAGACGUUAGUCCGGCCAUGCAAAGUGUUGACAUACCUAUCGUACUCCCCACCCACGAAUCUCGAGCUAUCUCGGGGAAUAAUGUUGUAAAGAUGAAGACGCUCUCGACAGAUUCGCAUGGUUCGAAUGCUUCGUCGAGUGCAUCAUCGAAACGGGAGCGGAGAGCCGGGCAUGUUGAUCUUGAGACGCAGAAGACGAAGAUGCCGAAUGCGUCGCAGUUGAGGGGGAGGGCGAAGCCUCCUGGUAAUUAUAUCUAAGUGAUUUCUCGGUUUUUGAGUUUUGUUUCUUGCUACGAUUUUGUUUUUCUUAUGCCCAAACUAUGUUUCUUCGGGCUGGUUUCCGUGUUCUGCCUGUUAACUUGGGGUUGUUUUUCUUUGUCACCAGUAAUGGCCGUUCUGAUUCCCCGUUACCUGUUUAAUCAUACCACUCUCCUUUCUUACAUCUGUUGCCCUUUCUAUCCUUUUCUUUUUCCUUUGUUUAUUUUUUCUCCUUAUUCAUCCUUCCUAUGAUCUUGGUAAACUUUCUAAACGGACUGUAUACGCUACGCUAAUACUCCGUUGUUUUCUUUCACCUUACGACCUCAUCACUUUACUCUACGCACUCUACGAUAACCACAGAUGAAUGAAUGUCUUACGUAGUACAAAGCCCA